AUUAUAUUUUGUGUUCACAGAAUAUGUUCCUUUGUUAAGUUUCCCGCAACCAACUGCGGCCUAUAUUUUGUUUGGUUGAGUUGCGCUUGCGCAUCUCCUUCUCUUUCCAAUCAAACCCGUUUUGCUCAAUAAAAAAUGGGAUUGGCGAUGAGUUUAUUUUCGAGCAAAGAAGAGCUUGAAACGACGAUCGGUAAAGCCAAGGACAUCGCCGCCUCCGCUCCAGUUGUUGUCUUCAGCAAAACUUACUGUGGCUAUUGUGCAAGGGUGAAGCAGUUGCUCACAAAGCUUGGAGCUACUUACAAGGUCGUAGAACUGGAUGUAGAAAGUGAUGGAAGUAAAAUUCAAUCAGCUCUGGCAGAGUGGACUAAGCAAGGGACUGUACCUAAUGUGUUCAUUGGGGGAAAACACAUCGGUGGCUGUGACACUGUUGUUGAGAAGCACCAGGGAGGAAAGCUAGUGCCCCUUCUUACUGAUGCCGGUGCCAUUGUGGAUAAGUAAUAACACUACUCAUUUGCAUAAGAGGUUAUAACCAAAAUGAGAUGUUUAUGAAAUGGGAUGAAGAGAAUCAAACCAUACAUUCUGUAAACAUUAGCGAUGUAUGUUGUUUAAUAUUGCGUGAAUGCCAUUGUUAGAGGCUGUCCAAAAACUUUUUUGACA